AUGGCUGUCCUUCAAAGCCUGCUGCUUUGGAUGAUCGCAUAUGUGGCACUACAUGGUGCCUCCGGACACCGUGUGCAUCAAAUGGCUCAUGUAUCAGACGAACGGUUCAUGGCCUUGGAGCUGAAGGAAGAGGACGAAGAGGAGAUGCGGAAGGAAGCAGUGAAGUCAUUCAAACCACCUAAAGUGUGGAUGCCGACCGUGGAUUUGAUGAAAUGUUUCAUUCAUAAGGUGCAGCUCCACCGGAACUCCAGCACCACCAUCUUCGAACAAACUCGAAACAUUCUUGAAUAUGAAGAUCCAAGAGCAUGGGGUGCAAACUGGACCGGCUUCUUCUUCACGGUGAACUUCACAAACGAGGGAGGAGUGGAUGCUUUGGGUUUGCGCAAAGAGUGGCUCUCGCUUGUCCUGCAGUCCAUCGUGCUGCCAGCUGGCCAUGCAGACACGACAGGCUUGCAGUGCAUCAGCAGUGGCAAGUGCGGAGAUGAGGGCACACCGCAAUACUUGCUCAAAGCCUUGCCAUCUGGAGAGCUGGUGCCCAUCAGUGUGGAAGAGAUCGAAGCAUCGGAAGAGGUCGAAGCAUCAGGACAGACUGGGAGAGGCGGGAGAAUCGGAUCCAUGUUGAAAUUUGCCUAUGACGCUUACGAUUCGGCAUAUGAAAGGUUUCUCGGCGAAAAAGACAACGCAGAGAAGCUGCCUUCUGCCGCCCGCGUGCGUUUCCAGUUUUUGGGGAAGUGGCUGGCUCGGGCUCACAUCGUCACGGACCUGGGUUUCGCGCCAAUGGGUCUCCACAGUAUCAUUUACCAGAGCUUGGUGGCCGGUUAUGUGGUCACGCCCCAAACCACUUCUUUCUACAACAAGGAGGACACCAUCCCUGUCUGUGAGAAGCUGGCGGCCAUAUGGAUGCGACGUAGCCCGCAGGAGCUGCAAAGCUACGGAUGGCUGAGCUGCGAUGAAGUUAAGGACCACACAGGCAAGUACACCCAGGCCAGUUGCUACAAGCCAAUCUUCCGGGAUGAAAUGAUGUGGGAUGCUCUCUAG